GAAAAUCCCAAGUUACAAUAUAAAAUUGCGCUUACUACUUACACUUAUUUAAAAAAUAAUUAUGAAACUCAACAGAGAUUUACUUUUAAUGAUCUCAGAAAAUUUUCAAAAUGACAGAAUAUCACUUUAUUCUUGUCUUUUAGUCAACAGAUCUUGGUGUGAAGCAAUAGUACCGUUAUUAUGGAAAAUUCCUGGACAAGCUAUUUUAACUAAAAAGGCAGAAAAUAUAAUAUUUAAUGUAAUACUUUCGCAUUUUUCAGAAGAAUCUAGAGAUAAUUUGAUGAAACAAGGAAUCGAUCUUUUUACUGAAAUUUAUCAGACACCUUCAUUUAAUUAUAUUUAUUUUUGGAGACAUUUAGAUCUACAACUUCUAGACAGAAUGAUUUCCAGAAAUUUUGAUAAGUCAGACAUAUCUAUGAUGAGAAAUGAAUUAUUUAAGUUAUUUGUUAAUAAUAAUACAAAUUUUAUUUCACUUAUUUUUCCAAAUGAUUAUAAAUGUCAAGUAAACUGGAAUAAACAAUGCUUUUCAAAUCUUAAAUUCUUUUAUUUUUGUAAUGAUAUUGAUCAAAGUAUUCUAAAAGAAUUAGCUACAGUAAGCAAAUCGAUUAAAAUAUUCAAUUGUGAUGUUAUUGGUUGUAAUAUUUCUGGAACCAUUAGAUUAAUUGAAGUUCAAAAAAAUCUAGAUAGUGUCCGUAUUAGUGGAUGUCGUAUUUAUGAAACCUGGCAAUCUAUUGAAGAAGUACUAAUUAAAAAAGCGAUCACUAUCCAAAAUUUAUAUUUAUGUUAUGAUUGGAAUUUUGAUGUUGAUUUAAAAUUUCUUUCACAUUUUGUAAAUUUAAAAAGUUUAGAAAUAAUUGAAUCUUUUGGGCCUCCAAAUCCAAACAAUACUAUUCUAAAUUUAAAUCAAUCAGAGAAAAUGUCUUUACCUGCUUUAAAAAUCCUAAAAACUAAUCAAGUGUCAUUUAUGAUGUUGACAAGAUUAAUUGAAAGUGCAAAUGUACAACUUACUGUAAUUGAUAUUCAUUUUAAUGAUAUUUAUUGUGAGUUUGAAGAUGUUAGAAGAUUUUUCCAAGCAAUGUGUCAAAAUUGUCCAAAUAUUAAAUAUUUAAGCUUUCCAAUUAAAGAUUAUGUUCUUAUUGAAUUUGAAAGUUUAUUGAUUAAUUGUCAACAUUUAAUUGGGUUAGUUAUUAGGAGUGAAGGAGGUCUCCAAUAUAAGAAUUUAUUUAAAAUAUUAAAUAAAUCAUCACCAAGUAGUUUGAUUAAGUUUGGAUUUACUCUUAACCGAAAGUUUGGGGCUAGAUAUAAAUUAUUAAGGUCAUUUCUUGCUAAUUGGAAAGGUAGACAUACUAUGUUAUUACAAAUUUGGCCAGUAAAUUAUUGUCUAGAAGAUGAACAGGAAGUUAAACGAUUAUAUGAACUAAUUGAAUAUUAUGAAGCAAGAGGAAUAGUCAAAAAAAUUGAUUGGGAAAUUGAUUGGUGUAGUAAUGAUUCAGAGGAAUCUAUUUGGAUUAAGAAAAGAUGUUUUCAUUAAAUGCAAAUAUGUAUAUUCUAUAGUGCGUGCUAUACUAUCCAAUGCAAUUUAUUAUAUAUUAAAAUAAAA